AUGAGUGACAACAUCUAUCGAAAGCAUUAUUACAGACACUCAGCAGAGAGGGAAAGAAAGCAGAGGGAGACUGAAGAGAUGAUGCAGCGAUACGAGUUGAUAGCGCAGGCCAAGAAGCAGAAACAAAUUCCAAAUUUGAUUUAUUCGAAAAAUGUGUCUUCUCUACCGCCCUCAUUCACUUUGGAUCAGAAAAUUUACCACCGAAUGAGUAAAGAAGUUAUCAGCGAUAUUUACGAUUUUACCUACGCCAACAUGCAUUUACUCUACGAGCAAAGCACUUGGAAAUGGGACGAAAAGAAGGAGCUUGCUGAGUUUCGCAGUAAUGCCUCUCGAUUUGUGCUAAUUCGUCACAAGGAAGACAACUGUAUAGCUGGGUAUCUUCUCUUCCGACUUAGCAUUGAAUCGUUCGAUUUUACCUCCAUUUUGUACAUUUACUCCAUCAUGGUUCGUCAACAGUACCAAAAGACAGGAUUAGGGACAUGCUUAAUGCUUCUCGCUGAGGACUUAGCUCGUUAUUUCCAACUGCAAAAGUGUCAACUGACAGUGUUUAAACAUAAUCUCCCAGCGUUUCAUCUGUACACAGACCAUCUGCAAUAUGUGAUCGAUCCGUACUCUCCCAGUAAAUAUGGGGAGCAGAUAUCCUUUUUUGUGGCUCUGUCUAUCGAUGGAUGA